AUGAAUGUCAUGAAAGCUAGUUCGAGAAAAAUGCAAGAAGCUCGUGAAGAACAGCGCGAGACGACUAAACAAGAUUUUCAAUUAAAUACAAAUUAUGAUGAAACUACUGAUAUCGAUAGAACUCAGUUAUGGGAACAAAUCACUACAGUAGAACCUUACGAAUCAUUAACUACUGAUAUUGAUAAAACACAACAAUGGCAAGAAUAUACUACUGAAGAACCAACUGAAAAGGAUAUUUUUACGGCAACACAACAAGCAACGACUCCUAUCACUAGUAGUGCUGAAUGUUCACAGAUUGUUACACGUGAUAUUCUUGAAGAGACUAAAAAAGAAAUAAUCAAUACCAUUCUUUCAACUAUUUCUCUUGAAAUAACUAAGAAAUUAGAAGAUAUUGAAGGACGUCUUGCAACAUUAAUUUGUUCGAAUGAUAAAAGUCCGUCAGCUAUAGAAUUAUCUUGGCAAAUCUAUGAAAAUCUUCAGAUUCCAUUAACUGGAUGGCUAUUUGUUUUUGAUCAGCCUUAUAAUCAUCGAACUCGUCUUGAUGAUCUUAAUCAAAUAGCUGGAAUAUGUCAUAAUCAAGUUAUUGUUACUGCUACAUUCAAUGAAUCUAUUUCAUUGGCAACUGUAGGUCCAGCAAGUGUAUUAACUCUAAAUACCAGCUGGAAUCAACCUCAGCAAUUUUGGCAAGUUUAUUGGUGUCGUAAAAAUGGUAAAUCUUUUGGAUUUUCUCCACUACCUUCUAUUCGACAAACAUCAGCUGAUAAUGAAGAUUUAAAUAGUCUUUUACGUCUGAGUUGGCUCUUGGAUCAAAAUAUUGGUGGCUACAGAGCUGGUGCUAUACGUUCAUUUGCUGACAAUUCACUUUGGCAUAAAGUUAUUUAUUGCAAUUAA